CUCUCUCCUCCUUAACUCUUAUUCUUAUUCCCUCUCUCUGAACAACCUUGAACUAUCUUCUUCUAGCGUCUGUUUGUCUUUCUAACCAUGUCUCAAGAUGAUUCUACCUCCCUUACAACACCUAAAAUGAAUCUCAUCUCCUCGCUAUAUAAAAUUCAAUCCCUCUUAAACUCAAUCCUGCCUGAAUCAUCGUCAGUAGUAUCAAUCUCCACCGAUCAAAACUCACCCAUUUCACCAUCAAAGUCUAUGGUUUCUGGUCCCUCCAGGACUCGCAAAAGUCAAACCCCAAGGAAAUUUGUUCCUCCUUCUACUACAACAUGCCCUGAAAAUGAAAAGACCAACUUAGGAGAUAGUGAUCAGACUCUAUUUGUCUCAAAGUUCCUUUAAUUUCCUGAGGAAUUCGUAGAGAAGGACGGAGAAAUUGAAGUUUCAAGUCAAACUGAGGUCACCAAGGAUAUGGGUAGUGAGAGUGAAAGCAAGAUUGCUGACAAAUCCAGUCCACUGGUCAUACAUGAUUUUGAAAAUGUUGAUGGUGAUAAGGAACAAGAAAAUGAUGUUGGAAAAGGAUAUUCUGAGGAAAAUCUCCAAAAAUCAGGUAAUCUUAUCUCUCUUGCUGACUCUGCAAUAGGUCUUAAUGAGAACUUGUCUGAAAAAGGAUUGAGCAUAUCUGAAAAUUUAGAAAAUGAGGAGAAAAACUUUUCUGAAAAUGAUGACAAAGUACAUGCUUCAGAGAUUGCUGUAGGAAAUCAGGAAGAAAACAGUCUUGAUCUAAAAAUAGGAGAUACCAAUAAGGGACCUGGUACUGAGAUAGAAAAUCUAAACAGUGCAGACACUGAAAAUGUCUUAUCAACUAUUGUUAUGUCUUCAAGUCAUGCUAAACUUCGUGGUGAAAGUGCAAGAAAGCACAUCUCCGAUAAGCCUCCCAAUACUAGACAAAGAAGUAGGGCUCAACGUGAGACGGUUUUAAAAGAUGCCAAAGAAAAGAAUAAACGAAAGAAAAGGAAGAGGCUGAUAAAAAAUGCCUUAAGAGAUAAGGAAACCGUGGUUAUAGUCUCUGAGAAUGAAUAUGAAGAAGAAUCACCUCAAUCAGCAAAGAAAUACUCCAAGAAACACUCAAUAAACAAAGAAAAGAAGCCUAAGGAAGAUGAGAUUGUAGGAGACACUCAUGAGGAUGGAAAUCUGGAGAAAAAUGCAUCUGGUCUUGCUAAGAAAAGGAAAAGUGUUUCAGGAGAAGAACCUGGUCCCACCAAGAAAAGACAAAGGAUCAAAGAGUUAAAAUUCAAAGGCAGGAAAACUUGA